AUAAUUUCGAAUCUAGCCCCUUCAAACCCUAAAACCCUCUCAUCAAAAGGCAAUUGUAGAACACCUUUUCCCUGUUAUUGCGGGUAGCAGCAAAGGGUUUAUUUAGGGUUUAAGCAAAGCAAUGGGAGCAGAGAAAGGAAAGAAGCAGAGAUCGGAAGAGGUGGAGGAAGAAAGGAAUGGAGCGGACGUCGUCGACGUAGAGCUCGUUCAGACUAUUGAAAAGCUUCAGUCAAUUCAAGACGAUCUUGAUAAAAUCAAUGAAGAAGCAAGUGAAAAAGUACUGGAGCUGGAGCAGCAGUACAAUGUGAUCCGGAAGCCUGUCUAUGAUAAGCGGAAUGAUGUCAUCAAGUCGAUUCCUGAUUUCUGGCUAACUGCAUUUAUGAGUCAUCCUGCCCUCUCUGAGCUCUUGACUGAGGAAGACCAAAAGAUUUUCAAGUAUCUGGAUAAUCUUGAAGUGGAAGAUUUCAAAGAUGUGAAAUCUGGUUACUCCAUCACUUUCAUGUUCAAACCCAAUCCACAUUUUGAAGAUGCUAAGCUCACAAAGACCUUCAGUUUCCUCGAGGAGGGAGUAACAAAGAUCACUGCAACUAAUAUAAAAUGGAAAGAAGGCAUGGGCAUUCCUAAUGGUGUUUCUGAGGAGAAGAAAGGGAACAAGCGAUCUCUUGCUGAUGAAAGCUUCUUUUCCUGGUUUACUGAGUCUGAGUUUAAGGGUGACAUGUAUGAAAUUAAUGAUGAGGUGGCAGAUAUAAUCAAGGAUGAAUUGUGGUCCAAUCCCCUUACAUUUUUUAAUAAUGAGGCUGAAGAGGAUAUGGACGAAGAUGACGAGGGCAGUGAUGAUGGUUCUGGAGAUGAUGAUGAUGACGACGAGGAAGAUGCUGAAGCCUGAGACAGUGGGCGAAGCAACUCAAAUUUUUCCAAAAACUUAAGUUCGUGGGUUUUUUACUUGUUUCUAUAAUAGUUUCGUGAAAAGGCUUAUAGUUUCCCAAGUAUGUGAUAGGUAGCAGAAAUUCGACUUUGACACCAUACUAACCUUUGGUAUCUUGUGAGUCCAUCCUCAUAUAAGGUCGAAGUUAUUUAUGCUGUUUUAGAUCGUUAACUAAGGAUGUAACCUUAUGAAUGGUGGAUUUAGUUUCACUCUAAUGACAUUGUGAAAAUAUAGCAAGUUUUUUUUAGUGUAA